GAUUGUCCACCUCUAACGCUGGCCGACAGUUCCAUGCGAGUUUAUUUUCGUUUUAAUGCAUAAAAAUUUUGUAAAUAACACCCGAUUUAAAAUUGCGUUGAAGAAAGCAGCUCGGCAACUAUGAGUACAAUUCUGGAGAAGAUUGCGGCCAUUGAGUCGGAGAUGGCACGCACGCAAAAGAAUAAGGCGACGUCGGCGCAUUUGGGUCUCUUGAAAGCCAAACUGGCGAAGCUGCGACGCGAGCUCAUCUCCCCUAAGGGCGGUGGCGGCGGUACUGGUGAAGCCGGCUUUGAGGUGGCCAAGACUGGAGAUGCUCGGGUCGGGUUUGUUGGCUUUCCAUCGGUGGGCAAAUCGACGUUACUAUCGAAUCUGGCCGGCGUUUACUCUGAGGUGGCAGCCUACGAGUUCACAACCCUGACAACGGUGCCAGGAUGCAUCAAGUACAAGGGCGCCAAGAUUCAGCUGCUCGAUUUGCCCGGUAUCAUUGAGGGUGCCAAGGAUGGCAAGGGCCGUGGUCGUCAGGUGAUUGCUGUGGCGCGUACCUGUAAUUUAAUCUUCAUGGUACUCGAUUGCCUUAAACCAUUGGGACACAAAAAGCUGCUGGAGCAUGAAUUGGAAGGCUUUGGUAUACGGUUGAAUAAGAAGCCACCAAAUAUUUAUUACAAAAGAAAGGACAAGGGUGGCAUCAAUCUCAAUUGCAUGGUGCCGCAAUCUGAAUUGGAUUCGGAUCUCGUCAAAACCAUUCUGUCGGAAUACAAAAUUCAUAAUGCGGAUAUUACGCUGCGUUACGAUGCAACCAGCGACGAUUUGAUUGAUAUCAUCGAAGGCAACCGCAUAUACAUACCGUGUAUCUAUCUGCUUAACAAGAUUGAUCAGAUUUCCAUUGAGGAGCUGGACGUCAUCUACAAGAUUCCGCACUGUGUACCCAUAUCAGCGCAUCAUCACUGGAACUUUGACGAUCUGCUUGAACUGAUGUGGGAGUAUUUAAGAUUAGUCCGAAUUUAUACCAAGCCCAAAGGACAACUGCCCGACUACAGCUCUCCAGUUGUGCUGCACAAUGAACGCACUAGCAUUGAGGACUUUUGUAACAAGUUGCAUCGCUCCAUAGCCAAGGAGUUCAAAUAUGCAUUGGUGUGGGGCUCUUCGGUGAAGCAUCAACCGCAGAAGGUUGGUAUUGAGCAUGUGCUCAAUGAUGAAGAUGUUGUGCAAAUUGUGAAAAAGGUCUAAGAUCUGUUAAUUCUAUUCUAUGCUUUGGAUUUUAAUUGUGUUUGAUUGCAUUUUCAAAUAAAAACUCAUUGCUGACACGUUUA